UAGAUAUAACAUCUAUUCAGUCGAGCUUCAUCUGCCUCUGCCGAACGGUUUGCGCUGCGGCUGCGCUCAGAACUCGUGUGCGCGUCAACGCGAAAGCAUCUGCAGAGCGCCUCUAAAAAAUUGUACCAAAGUACCAGAGAUACAGGAGCAGCUAAACGAUACAUCAAAACACACAACGCAAAGUGCCAGAAGGAAACUGCAACCAAAAAUAAACAACAACAACAAGCAAACACUUCUUGGUGCAUCAAAUAUAGUUUUUUUUUGCGUUCAUCGAAAAUCCAAAUAUUGGAUAUCAUCUCCAAAUAUCCAUCGAAAAAUCAGUGAUUUUUUUUCAACCAAAGAACUGUGAUUAGAUCCAUCAACGGAUCGAAAGCACACGAAAGUGACACCUAAAAAAAGAAACAAAACAGAAAAGUGCAUACAAAACCGAAACCGAAACCGAAACCGAAACCAAAACUAAAUCGAAAUCGGAAUCUAGAGAUUAGUGUUAAAAAUAAAAAAGAAAAGAUCUAAAAGAGUGGCGUGUACCCCCGUUCCCGCUGCCGUUCCAGUCUAGGCCCAGAGCGGGAAAUGCCGCCGCAACUACAAGAAUAAUCAGCAAAGCACCACUGAAAGUCGAGACACAAAUCGACUCGAACCCCACUUCGAUCUCAGCGCAGUAAUCAGCCGAGUAAAAGUCGGCAAAAUGUUGGCAGCAGCCCAGCAACAGCAACCGCAGCAGCCAACCCAGCAGCCACACAGCACGGCCACGGUCAGCGCCAGCGCCAGCGCCAGUGCCACUCAGUCAGCAAUGGAGCGUCAGCGCCGCGAGUCCACCACAUCGGAGUCCUCGCUGGAGCAUCUCGACCUCGGUCGCACACCAAAGAAGCUGAGCAGCAGCAGCGGCCCACAGCCCACAUCGACGCCACACGACACGGCCCCGGCAUCGUCGCGCAAGCGCAAGCUGCGACAGCACCAACAACAGCAUCAGCAGCAGCAGCAGCAGGAUCUGCUUAGUGACGACGAGGAGGAGGAGGAGGGGCCACGCGCACUGGAGGAGACGGUGGCUGUGCAGCGGCCGCGCCACAAGCAGCGACGCAAUGCUGCCUCCAGCGCGGCGGCCAGCGCCAGCAUCGUGAUGGACUACAGUGCCGGCGACGCCAGUUCGCUGCGCAAGAAGUUCCGACUGAACCGCAGCGCCGCUGCCGCUAACGGCGACCUCUCGGAGUCCGGAUUCGUGGACGCCAGCAGCUACAGCAGCAGUCAUGCAGCCGCGGCCGCCGUCUCUGCUGCAGCGCAGCAGGCGUCGAAUGCCUCCAGCAGCAGCAGCAGCAAUAGCAGCGGUAGUGGCAGCGGCAGCGGUAGCGGCAGCGGCAGCUCGGGCGCCUCUUCGCCGGAGGGCCUGUGCCUGUCCAGCGGCGAGUCCGGCAUCGGGGCCGGCGACGAGCACAUGAAGUACCUCUGCCCCAUCUGCGAGGUGGUCUCGGCCACGCCCCACGAGUUCACCAACCACAUCAGGUGCCACAACUACGCCAACGGCGACACCGAGAACUACACGUGUCGCAUCUGCUCGAAGGUGCUCUCUUCGGCCUCGUCGCUGGACAGACACGUGCUGGUGCACACUGGCGAGCGUCCGUUCAACUGCCGCUACUGCCACCUGACCUUCACCACCAACGGCAACAUGCACCGCCACAUGCGCACCCACAAGCAGCACCAGUCGACGUCGCAGCAGAGCGCCUCUCUGUCGCAGUCGCAGUCACAGUCACAGUCGCAGCAGCAGCGACGCCUCUCCCAGCAGCAGCAGCAACAGCAGCAGCAGCAGCAGCAGCAGCAGCAGCUGUCACUGGGUGGGCAUACGGGACGUGCGGAGAGCUAUGAGAGUGAUGCCAGCUGCUCCACGGAUGUGUCCAGUGCACACAGCCAUGCCCACAGCCAUGGGAGCAGCAACGCCCACACCCACGCCCACACCAACAACAACAACACCAACAGCAACAACAACAACAACAAUAAUCCUCACAAGGCGAACAACAACCACAAGGAGCUGCAGCAGAUCAAGCAGCGUCGCCCCAAGACCACCAUCAACAACAACAACAUCAUCGACGAUGGCUGCCAGGCAGGAGCGGAGCAGGAGGAGCAGGUGAAGGAGCUGCAACUGCAGCUGGAGCUGGAGCUGGAGGAGCCCAAGAUGAAGGAGGAGCAUCUAGAUCCAGACACCGAUGAGGAUAUGGCCAUGCCGCUAUCCAUUACGAGCACCCCGGAUGUGGCCACCCUGCUGGCCGGAGUCAAUGCAUCCUCGCGGGCUGCCUCGCGCUCCCGCUCCAGCUCCAGCUCCCCCGCCCCGGCCAUGCCCCUGCUGAGCUGCCCCGCGUGCGGCGCCUCCGACUUUGAAACGCUGCCGGGGCUGUGCGCCCACCUGGAUGCCCGCCACUCGGACAUACCCGCCAAGUGCCGCGAGUGCGAGGUGAUCUUCGCCAGCCACCGCCAGCUGCAGGCGCACUGCUGCCGCGGCCUGGCGGGCGUGGAUCUGCCGCCCCUGCUGGGCGCCAGCAGCUCCCCGCUGCACCAUGGCGAAGGGGAGAAUGAGGAGGAGGACGAGGACGAGGCCAGGACCGAGCGCGAGGCGGAGCAGGAGUUUUUCCAGCAGCUGUACCUCAAGGGCAAGGCAGCCGCCGCCGCCGCCGCUGCCGCUGCCGCAGCCGCAGCUGCCGCCGGGGCAUCCACCUCAGCGCCGCCGUCGCCCAUCAAGCACGAGCCGGCGGACAGCAAGGAUCUGGCCGACAUCCAGAGCAUCCUGAACAUGACCAGCUCCAGCUGCACCUCCAGCUUCCUGCGCAACUUCGAGCAGUCGGUGAACACGCCCUGCUCCAGCCAGUACAGCCUCGACGGGCGCGACCAGGAGGAGGAGGCCCAGGACGUCUUCACCUCCGAGUUCCGGCGCAUGAAGCUGCGCGGCGAGUUCCCCUGCAAGCUCUGCGCCGCCGUUUUCCCCAACCUGCGCGCCCUCAAGGGCCACAACCGGGUGCAUCUCGGCUCCGUCGGCCCCUCCGGCCCCUUCCGCUGCAACAUGUGCCCCUACGCCGUCUGCGACAAGGCCGCCCUCGUGCGCCACAUGCGCACCCACAACGGGGAUCGGCCCUACGAGUGCGCCGUCUGCAACUACGCCUUCACCACGAAGGCCAACUGCGAGCGGCAUCUGCGCAACCGGCACGGCAAGACCAGCCGCGAGGACGUGAAGCGGGCCAUCGUCUACCAUCCGGCAGAGGACGCCAGCUGCGAGGACGGCAAGUCGCGGCUAGGCCUCGGCGACGAUCUGGCCGAUCUGAGCUUCCGCUCCGUCUCCCCACCACCGCCGCCGCCGCCCCCGCCCACUGUGCCGAUCGCCGAGGGCGGCUCCCAGCUGAAGCACAUGCUCCUGGGAGAGCCCACAGCUGUCGCCGCAGGGAGCGCUGCUGUCGCCGGGCCACCAUCCAAGAUCCAGGUGAAGAGCCUCGACCAGCUGGUGGACAAGAAGCAGCCUCCAUCCGCAGGCGGCAGCGGCACAGCCCUGGACUUUAGCAUGGAUGUGCUGGAUCUCAGCAAGAAGCCAACAGCGGGCGGAGCCUCCGGUUCCGCUUCCGCUUCUGGCACAGCCACAGCGACACCCUCAACAGUGCCGGAACUGUCCGCCGUCCUGGAGCAGCAGCAGCAGCAGCAGCAGCAACUUCUGCUCGCCCAGCAGCAGUUCUUCGGAGGAGCAGCAGCAGCAGCAGGAGGAGGAGCUGCAGCUGGAGCAGGUGGAGCAGGCGAUGCCGCCUCCCAGUACAUGCAGCAGCUGUUCCGCAACCUCAUGUUCCAGUCACAGACGCCGGGCUUCCCGUUCUUUGGGUUCAUGGCCCCGCCGCCGCCUCAGGGCAAUGCCGAGAAGCAGCCGCCGCAGCUGAGUCCUCCGUCGCGCAUGGGCAGCAUGCCGCUGCCGCUGCCGCUGCCGAUGCCGAUGCCGGUGGGCGUGCCCGUGCCGCCCGGCGGCCCCGUCAAGAUGGUCAUCAAGAACGGAGUGCUGAUGCCCAAGCAGAAGCAGCGCCGCUACCGCACCGAGCGGCCCUUCGCCUGCGAGCACUGCUCCGCGCGCUUCACCCUGCGCUCGAACAUGGAGCGGCACGUGAAGCAGCAGCAUCCCCAGUUCUAUGCCCAGCGACAGCGCAGCGGACACCACGUGAUGCGCGGACGCGGUGCGUCCAAUGCCGCGGCAGCUGUGGCCGCAGCCGCUGCCGCAGCGGCAGCCAUGAGCCAGGGCGGCUCGGGGGCGGGCCAUGUCCACGGCCAUGCCCCCAUCUCGGAGCAGGUGAAGUACGCCAUCCUGGCGCAGCAGCUGAAGGCGCACAAGAACACGGAUCUGCUGCAGCAGGCGCUGGCCCAUGGCUCCAGCAGCGUGGCCGGUGCCAAUCCCCUCCUGCAGCACUUUGGCUACGCCCCACCACCCUCGCACUUGCACCCACACUCCCACUCCCACUCCAACUCCCACUCCCACUCCCACUCGCACUCCCAUUCACACUCGCAGUCGCAGUCCCACGGCCACGCCCAGUCGUCCGGCUCGUCGCAUCUGGUGAAUGGCAUCCACAAUGGGAUUGGCCCAGCGGCGGCGAGCGCCAUCGAUGAUGAUGAGCCGAAGCUGAUCAUUGACGAGGAUGAGGAUGUCGAGGGGGAUGUGGAGGAGUUCGACGACGACGACGACGAAGAGGAGGAGGAGGAGGAGGAUGAGCACGAGGACGAGGAGCCGGAGGAGCCAGAGCCAAUGGAUGAGUCGGAGCAGGCGCAGGACGAGCCGAAAGAGGAGGAGCAGGAGCCGCCCAAGAAGCCCCUGGAGCAGUCGGCAUCGGCAUCGGCAGCCCCUGAGGCGGCCAAGAAGAUGGCCGACACCAUCCUCGAGCAGGCCAUCAAGGCGGGCAAGGCGGGCAAGUCGGCGACGCCCACUGCCAGGCCCUCGCCCUCGCCCUUGCCCUCACCCUCAGCCUCACCCGCGGCAUCGCCGAUCGAGAUCAAUGCAAUGCCAGAGCCGAGUCCACCGAAUCCCACAAUGAAGUCCAUGAUCGCCCAGGCCGAGGCGGUGGCCAAGUCGCUGAAGGAGGUGGCCAGCUCGCCGUUCAAGGACGAGUCACAGGACCUGGUGCCGGUGGCCAAGCUGGUGGACAACGCCACCAGCAGCCAGAUGAGCUUCAACAGCUACUUCCGGCCCAGCGACGUGGCCAACCACAUGGAGCAGAGCGACGAGGAGGGCCUCGUGGCCUCCGGCAGCGCCAGCGAGAGCAACAACUCCGGCACGGAGGACGUCACCAGCAGCAGCUCCGGCAGCGAGCCGAAGAAGAAGUCCGCCUACAGCCUGGCGCCCAACCGCGUCUCCUGCCCCUACUGCCAGCGCAUGUUCCCCUGGAGCAGCUCGCUGCGACGCCACAUCCUCACCCACACCGGCCAGAAGCCCUUCAAGUGCUCCCACUGCCCCCUGCUCUUCACCACCAAGAGCAACUGCGACCGCCACCUGCUGCGCAAGCACGGCAACGUCGAGUCCGCCAUGUCCGUCUACGUGCCCACCGAGGACGUCAGCGAGCCGAUUCCCGUGCCCAAGUCCGUCGAGGAGAUCGAGCUGGAGGAGCAGCGUCGCCGCCAGGAGGCAGAGCGCGAACGGGAGCGCGAGCGCGAGCGGGAGCUCGAGCUGGAGCGGGAGCGGGAGCGCGAGAAGCAGCUGGAGCUGGAGCAGGAGCUGGAGCGGGAGCGCGAAAAGGAGCGCCUGCUGCUCAUCCAGAAGCUGGCGGCACAAAUGAAUGCCGCUGCAGCUGCCGCAGCUGCAGCCUCGGCCACUGCCACGGGCGAUGCUGGCGCUGGCGGAGAUCUGCCGUACAAGUGCCAUCUGUGCGAGGGAUCGUUCGCCGAGCGGCUGCACUGCCUCGAGCACAUCAAGCAGUCGCACGCCCACGACUUUGCCCUGCUCCUGGCCAAGGGAGCCAUCGAGCCGGAGGCAGGCACUGCCCGUCCGAGUGAGUCCAACCAGCAGCAGCAGCAGCAGCAGCAGAGCACUCCGGGUGCCGGCUCCGACGAUGAGGCGAGUGGCGGAGGGGCGCGCGGUGGCUCUGGCAAGUAUCCGGACUACAGCAACCGCAAGGUGAUCUGCGCCUUCUGCCUGCGCCGCUUCUGGUCCACCGAGGACCUGCGCCGCCACAUGCGCACCCACUCCGGCGAGCGGCCGUUCCAGUGCGAGAUUUGCCUGCGGAAGUUCACCCUGAAGCACAGCAUGCUGCGCCACAUGAAGAAGCACAGCGGACGCGCCCACAACGGGGACAAUCCGGGGUCCGACUGCUCCGACGAUGAGCAGGUCGCCACUCCGCCACCCACCCCGGGACCCGCUCCGGCCUCAGCCACCCCCAACAACAACAAUAGCUGCCAGAACAACAACAACAACAACAGCAACAACAGCAACAGCAACAGCAACAGCACGAACGGCAAGCUGGGUCUGCGCCUGCCGAAGCUGCACGAGCUGCUGGACAAGUCGAGCGAGUGGCGAGUGGCCAGCCGGCUGGGGGAGCACAAGGAGAACAUCGGCGAGGCAGCGACGCCGCUGCCGUCAGUGGCCGCCUCGGUGGCCAGCUCCGAUCUGAUCGGCAACCUGCUGGGCAUCAGCGACCAGGGCAUCCUGAACAAGCUGCUCUCCUCCGCCGACGAGGCGGCCAAGCUCCUGGGAGUGGAGAACAAGUAGAUUGGAGGAGUGUGGAGUGUGAAGGGUGGCGACCCACCACCAAGCAGUAAGCAAUAAACUUAGCGUACAGUGAAGCACCAGAAGAGGAAACCCAGAAGCAGCAGCAAACCAUUUACCGCCUUACGUAUACCAAAGCUUAAAUAGUUUCAAAUAAUUAUACAAUAUAAUGCAUAAAAUAAUAAUAGUAGCCACUGUAAUCGAUAUACUCUUAAAGAAUGUUCGUGUGCUCCUCUUUUUUUUUUGUAGUCAUUUAAUUGAAAAUGUUUUUUUUUUUUGUGGCAUUCCAUUGUUUGAUUAAGCGGUCCAACCGAGGGAUGUGGGCAGACGAGUUGCAAACAUAAA